CGACAACACACCAACUGAAGUGGAAAGCGGCUCCUGUUCUGCUCCUCAUCCCAUUUCGGACGCGUUGUACAAGGCUUCAGGCUGCUGCAGGACUGCAUCAAGAGAAGAAGUCAGAAGUCAGACAUUAGAAGACAGUUUCGAUUUUGACUCGUUCGUUAAGUUUGCCUCCGGUUACUUUUUCGACUCUUUAUGCCAGCUAACUAGCAUCUUACUUAAAGUGUUUAUAGCUGGAAAGGUGGACACCAACUAUUUUCGUUUGCCAUCUCGAAGACUACAUUUAACUAAUGACGGCAGAGGUCCAGCAGCCCGCCGCGCAGACUCCUGCUCAGAGCAGUCCGAUGUCUGCCCCGGAGAAGCCGCACGGACAGACGGCAGUGAUGGAAACCGCAUCCUCCACUACGAAAACCAAAAAGACAAACGCUGGGAUCCGCAGACCAGAGAAACCCCCAUAUUCAUACAUCGCCUUAAUAGUCAUGGCUAUCCAGAGCUCUCCAACCAAGCGACUGACGCUCAGUGAAAUAUACCAGUUCCUACAGAGCCGUUUCCCGUUUUUCAGGGGCUCAUACCAGGGAUGGAAGAACUCCGUGCGUCACAACUUGUCUCUGAACGAGUGCUUCAUCAAGCUGCCCAAGGGCCUCGGCAGGCCCGGGAAGGGCCACUACUGGACUAUCGACCCGGCUAGUGAGUUUAUGUUUGAGGAAGGGUCCUUCAGAAGGAGACCGAGGGGUUUUAGGCGCAAGUGCCAGGCGCUGAAGCCCAUGUACAGCAUGAUGAACGGCCUGGGAUUCAACCACAUCCCCGAGUCCUACAACUUCCAGGGGAGCGGCGGGGGACUUUCCUGUCCACCCAACGGCCUGUCCCUGGACAGCGGGAUUGGGAUGAUGAAUGGACACUUGACAGGUAACAUGGAAGGGAUGGGUCUGUCCGGGCACAGCAUGUCACACUUGUCAACCAACGGUGGACAUUCCUACAUGGGAAGUUGUACAGGAUCCACCGGGAGUGAUUAUGCACACCACGACAAUUCCGGCUCCCCUCUGCUCACCAGCGGAGGAGUCAUGGAGCCUCAUCCGGUCUACUCGAGCUCAGCCUCGGCGUGGGCUCCAGCCCCCUCGGCCUCUCUGAAUAACGGGGCCUACAUAAAGCAGCAGCCUCUGUCUCCUUGUAAUCCAGGGGGCAACUCACUGCAGCCCAGCUUGCCCACACAUUCAUUGGACCAAUCUUACUUGCACCAGAACGGGCACAAUACUACAGAUUUACAAGGUAUUCCUCGGUACCAUUCCCAGUCUCCAAGCAUGUGUGACCGAAAGGAGUUCGUGUUCUCGUUCAACGCCAUGACGUCCUCCGCGAUGCACUCACCGAGCAGCAGCUCGUACUACCACCACCAGCAGGUCUCCUACCAGGACAUUAAGCCCUGCGUCAUGUGAGGCCCCGGCGGACAACCUGCAGACCAGAGGACGGUGUCCAAGGACGGUGAACUGAAAAGAGAACAAAUUAGUUAAAUAACCACUGAGAGACAUAAAGGCAUGCCCCGGCCCAUGGAGAGCACUCACUGCUUCGAGUAUACCGGACUACUUUUCUGUACUGUUUCACACAGCGACAAACACGGAGACAGGCCAAUCACAAAUCAACCACAUAAUAAUAAUAUAUAAUAAUAAAGACAAACUUUUUCAUGGCAUCAACAUCGUCCAGCGGGGUAAAGACUGGGUGUAUUGAAACCCUGCUGCUGUUUGGUACUUAGUCCUUCAGAGCGGAUGACUACCACUUCACAUUUUGUUAAUGUUUUUUUCUUCUUGAAGUAAGUCAAUGUAAAAAUGCACACACUUUUAUCUGUCUAAAGUUUUAACUUACCUUUUCUUUGACAAAUUAGACUGAGGCUCCUUUUUCCCUUUUUUGGACUUUCAUACCAGCGUUGAAUUUUGGAAUGAACAGUUUUGGACAUCACAUAAAAUAUGUCCAUAUAUUCUAAGGAUGAAGGCACUUUUUGAAUAGCCUAUGCGCAUCUUUUUAUUUAUUCUUUAGGCCUACAUAUUUUUAAUUUCAGGCGAAUUGGCCAAAGAGGUAUAUUCUUUAUUGGCAAUAUUUGUCAGAACGCUUGUUAUUUGUUUUAAAAUGAAAAUUGAGGAUAUAUUGUAAGCACUGUUAUGUCGUUUGUGUUAGAUCUAUGUAGACCAUUACUUUCAGCACUGUAUACUUAUAUAAUGUUAGAAAAUUAGCAAGGGUCCAUCAAUGAGGGCUAAUCUUUAGGUUAUAUUACAACAAAUCAUUUGUAAAGAAAUAAAAUAUAUAUGUUGGGCUGUUGAAGCCUAAAUACACAAAACAAUCGAUUUCAUUACUCAUCCACAAUUCAUGCUAAUGUGUUCAGGACUCUGUAAACAAAUACCACAAAACAU